GUACCAGCUCAAAUGUUCAGUCCGGUAAAUCUGCCUUCUUAAACGCGUUUGAAAGCCAUCAUUCAACAUCAGUCAUCUGCGUUCAUGCUUUGAUGUGUGAAAGACGUGUUGACUCAUUCAGCUGAUCGAUAUGAACUCAUUUUCAAAGGACGGUGUCUCAGGGAAUUUCUCCUUUCCUGCCACCACACCCAUACCAGUGGCUUCUGGAGAAACCAACAAGAGCUGCCGCUUCAAUGAGGAGUUCAAGUACAUCCUGCUACCUGUAUCAUACUCACUUGUGUGUUUCCUGGGACUGGUACUGAACUCUGUGGCCUUGUGGAUGUUUAUUACUAAAAUGCGACCAUGGAACACCAGUACAGUGUAUAUGUUCCACUUGGCCCUGUCAGACACACUGUACGUGCUCUCCUUGCCUAUGCUCAUAUAUUACUACGCAAACCGCAGUCACUGGCCCUUCGGCGUUUUCCUCUGUAAGGUCGUGCGCUUUCUUUUCUAUGCAAACUUGUACUGCAGCAUCCUUUUCCUCACUUGCAUCAGUGUGCACCGUUACCUUGGCAUCUGCCACCCCAUUCGUACUCUCUCGCUGGUGAAGCCGCGUCAUGCCCACCUGGUGUGUGCUGUGGUCUGGAUAGCGGUGAUUGUCUGUCUGGUGCCUAAGCUGAUUUUCGUCACCACUUCUCAAAGAGAUAAUGACACAUUGUGUCAUGAUACCAGCAGCCCGGACAACUUCAAUAACUAUGUUACUUACAACUCAGUGGUAAUGAUGCUACUGUUUAUUCUGCCUUUUCUGGUCAUCGUGGUUUGCUAUUGUCUGAUGGCACGGACCCUCUGCCAACCCAGAACAGGCCUUUCCCAAAGUCAACAGAGUGCCUCCAGCCGGAAGAAGUCUAUUAAACUUAUCAUAGUGGUGCUGGUUGUGUUUGCAAUCUGUUUUGUGCCCUUCCACAUCACACGCUCGCUGUACUAUGCGUAUCGUGUUUUAGAUGCUGAGUGCAAGUCUCUUAAUAUUGUCAACUUUGCUUAUAAAAUCACUCGUCCCCUCGCCAGCAUGAACAGCUGUUUGGACCCUGUUCUUUACUUCCUGGCGGGCGAUCACUAUCGAUCUAAACUCCUCAGAGUGUUCACCAGAAAGACACCUCAGAGCAGCUCUGAUGCGUACGCGCAAAAAAAUCCAGAUGCUCAAGUCAACAAAGAGUCUAAACUGUAGCGCCAGACAUGGAUUUUGGAAACAUAAAAUAGACUCCUCCUAAUGGGUUUUCUGUCAACAGCCAUAUCUUCUCAAGCCACAGAGACAUACAUUUGAAAUAAGCCAGGACCAUUACAUUGUAAACACUACAAUGAAGUUAGGAAUCUCUUUGGAGAAGGGAUGUGGUUUGCUUCCUUUGCACUCCUUAAGUUGUUUUUAUCCAGUGUCAUUACUGGUAAUACAGUGCAGCUCUAUUAUUAAAGCACUGAUGGCCAAUCACUCCUAGUUACUGUUUUGAAGAAAGGUUUACUGUUGGUCAAGGACGGACAUGACAGUAUAUACAGUAGAUACUGCCAACACUGAAAACAAUACCUACUGUAAAUCCCAGAGAUGGACUUUGGUCUAUAACUGUUAAGACAAAAAUGCCAACCUGUUUUGUUAUGUUAUUUGUCAUUAUCUGCAUUGUUUUACCAACACAUAAACCUUUAACAAAUGAGAGAUAAAGUGUCUAUAUGAGUUAAACUGAACAGCUGGAAACAGGAAAAGUGGAAAGGUAAAUGGUUGUGGGGGAGGCUGGAAAGUCAACAAGCACAACCGCAGUGUGUUCUGCAGAUAUCCCCUCUUGGCCACUCUUUUUGUAUGGCUGUUUUUUCAUUUGGUGGAGGAGGUGUACAGCUGUGCGGCUUUACAUGUACUGUAUGUAUUUUUCCGUCACUGCAUGACGGGGUAGCUGAAUGAAGAAAAAAGGAAAUAGAUCCUUUUGGCAUAUAGUGGGGAGAGAUUUUCUUGAUGUAACAUCUGUGGGAUCGUUUGUGAGUGUGUGGAUUUUCUUUUUUAUGUAGUUUCUCUUUAUUAAAUUGACAUUAUUUUUGAAAAAUGGGAUUGUCGUAAUACAGUUUUUAUAUCGCUCCUGUCUUGUGGCUGUUUUCCAUGUACUGUAUAUUCAGUCCAUACAUAUCAAUGCCCUUCAUGAUGCCAUAGUAUAACCUCAAUUGACUGAUUGGUUUCAUAAAGAACCCUUAACGGUAACAAAUCACAAUAAGGUGCUAUGUGUUAACAUUAGUAAAUGCUUUAGCGAACAUUAGCUAUAACAAUGAACAAUUUAGUUUUUCAGCAUUUAUUAAUCCUUGUCAAUGUUAGUUCAUGUCAA